AUGGUGUCAAACAGGAGCUGCCUCCGCGUGGUGGCGCUGAUUCUUGGCCUGGCAAUGGCAGUGGUGGCGCAGCAGACGGCUCGCCUCGACAAUGGCUACGAUCCCAACCCCAACCCGCAGGGGUGGCGUGGGAAGGAGGUGGUGUGGCAGCAGGCAUGGGUACGUGGGUUGAAGACGGCUCAGGUUUUGAGCAAGACGCGGGAUGUGACGGGGUCCUUGCCUGGUGAGCCAAGAAAACGGGGUGCGCCUCGAGGCAGCCUCCAGCCUCGCCACGAGGAGAAGCGGCGUGACUCAACUCGGAAAGAUGAGCUCUUUGAUGCCUCGGGCCGAGGCAACCGCCACUCAAAGACGGAGCGGCCGGAUGCUCGAGCUAGUUAUGCGCGCGACCGGUCCGAGCGCAGGAACGACCGGUCUGCUGGAGCCGAUUAUGCGCGUGACCGGUCCAAACGCAGGAACGACCGGUCUGCUGCUGGAGCCGAUUAUGCGCGUGACCGGUCCAAACGCAGGAACGACCGGUCUGCUGCUGGGGCCGAUUAUGCGCGUGACCGGUCCGAGCGCAGGAACGACCGGUCUGCUGCUGGGGCCGAUUAUGCGCGUGACCGGUCCGAGCGCAGGGACAAGCCAGACCGCCGCAUUCACCGCGAUGCGGUCGAGAAUACGGCCAACUACUGGAAUGCUGCUUUCAAACAAUUUGGUGACCAAUACAAAAAUUUGAGUGCUUGGGAUCGUGGGGAGGCACAUCGUCGUGCCACGGAAGAUCUGAACGAGCUCCUCUCAAAGUUCAAUCGCCGAAAGGAGGUGAAGCUGAAUAUUGGCGUGUACAAUCAUCUGCUUCGAGCCUACGGCAUUGUUGGCGACGCUGCUACGGCAGUGGAAAUGUUCAAGCUGCUCGUUCAACGUUCGACCCCAGUGGAUACUUAUUCACUCUCUGCAGCCUACUUGGCAGUGCAGAGAAGCCUGGCGCCUUUGCGGCAUCUCAGCCAGAGCGAGUUAUCAACGUAUUUUGAUGGUUCUGAGCGUCCCGAACGGCCGCGUCAUACGGCAACUGCCGCAGCCACACCUACUCAGGCCCCCACAGACUUGCAUGUGCUUCUGGAGCAAUUGCAGUCUUGUCACGACUUGAGCUUGGAGAAGGACUUGCCCCGCAACAAGUUCACCUACAACGCUCUGCUUCAGGCCUUGCUCAGUUGUCGUGCGCAUGGGGGCAUGGUCCAGGUGUUCAACGACAUGACUUCAGAACAUGGUCGCUGGGCAGCUGAGUCCCGCCCUGAUGCGGUCACCUACUCACUCAUGCUGCGCGCGUUUCUCGAAACGGGGGAGCGCGCUCGUGCGCAGCAAUUGUUAAAGAUUGCCAAGCUGGAGUGUGGACACGAUUUGGGAUUGCACCGCCUCGUGGUGCUCGACGCCGCCCGUGACCAGCUCCUCAAAUCUGGCUCGGCUUCAGCACAACAACACGCGUUUGGUGUCUUGGGCGUGUUGUGCGAGGAAUUGCGCCAGAGAGCACAUGCCGUGCAUCGCGCAGAGCGCUUGCCUUUAGCCCGGGCCGUCUCCCAGCUAUUGCACAAUCGGGCUGAGCGUGAUACUGCUGCUUUUAUUCAGCAAUUCGAGCUGUUUUCCAGCAGCAUCCUCAAGAACCCAAAUCUGGACCUCGAUCUUUCAUGGCACCGCCAGUUUGUGUACCGAUUGUUGCGAGACGGUGCCCGGCUCAAAACGGCUACUCUGCCUUUUCCUGCACUUCUUCAGUCAUUGCGCCGAAGCUGCGCCAAGCUGCACCAACACAGGGGUGCUCCCGCACUGGAUUCACUCUUUGAGCGCGUCAAGGCUGAUCCAAAAGUUCUCACGUCCGUGCAUCACGAUGAAUGGGCUCAGAAUCCCUGGGAGGUUGCCAAGACCCUCGACGAUCCUCUUCAGUCGCUUCACGCCUUGGCCCGCCAGAAGACGCAUGUCCGCAGUCGUGAAUGGAGCCCAGCCAUCCGACAGGCGUGCCGCAGGUAUGCACACUCGGAAGAAGUAGACGCCGGCUCUUUGCAGCCCGUGCUCAAUUACUUGGAGGCGUGCCCGCCGGAAAUGCCCAAGCGUUUGAUGGAGGAUGUUUGCUCCUACAUCAACUGGGCCAUGCAUUUCCGCCCAAAUGCCAUGUUCCUGGAGCGUGUUGGCCAGAUAGUCGGACCUUUGCGCGGCUCUGAGGUGGGCAUGGUGAACAGUGCUGACGCGCCUCGAGAGUGGCGCCAGCAUCGUAUCCAGGUUGAGUCAAGGGAUACGGAUGAAGUCCAGGUGGCCACAGUACCAGUUCAUAACCACCUGUUGCAGAGGCAAACCUCGAAGUUGGCGCCGUACAAGCUAUGGGCCCAAGCCGAGCGCCAGGCAAGCGCACGCUUCCACUUUAAACGUAACAAUGAGUGGCGAUCUGCAUUGGGCAUGGCGAUGCUCAACAUACAACGUGCACGCGCCGAUGAUUGCGGUGGGAGAUCGUGA